AUGGAUCUCUUCCCUCGCUCCGGAGUCAGUUCUGGCGGUGACCGUCCGCCAGCCUACAAAGCGAUUGGAAUUGCACUCGCGGUUGCCUCUGGGCUGUUUAUUGGGGUUUCGUUUGUGCUGAAGAAGGUUGGUCUCUUACGAGCGAACGUUAAGUACAACGAGGAAGCCGGCGAAGGAUAUGGAUAUCUCAAGAACUUGUGGUGGUGGUCGGGCAUGACACUCAUGAUCAUCGGCGAAAUCUGCAACUUUGUGGCCUAUGCUUUCGUGGACGCCAUUCUGGUGACGCCUUUAGGCGCCCUCUCUGUUGUGAUCACGACGAUCUUGUCUGCCAUUUUCCUGAAGGAGCGCCUGAGUUUUGUGGGUAAGGUGGGCUGUUUCACCUGUAUCUUGGGGUCGGUAGUUAUCGCGCUGAAUGCGCCUGAGCAGUCGUCUGUUGCCGAUAUCCAGGAGAUGAAAGAAUAUGUUAUAGCGCCGGGUUUUCUGUCAUAUGCCGGUGUUAUAAUUGUGGCAUGUGCCAUAACGGCUAUCUGGGCAGGGCCGCGGUACGGCAAGCGGAGCAUGUUCGUCUACAUCGGCAUCUGCAGUCUGAUCGGAGGGUUGAGUGUGGUGGCUACUCAAGGUUUGGGUGCGGCCUUUCUGGCUCAAAUCAACGGCGAGUCUCAGUUCAAGGAGUGGUUCAUGUAUGUGCUACUCGUAUUCGUAAUUGCGACGCUGUUGACCGAGAUUAUAUAUCUCAAUAAAGCGCUUAACAUCUUCAAUGCUGCUCUCGUCACACCCACCUACUACGUCUUCUUCACGAGCUCUACCAUUAUCUCCUCCGCCGUCCUUUUUCGAGGGUUCAAAGGAACAGGCAUGCAAAUCGCUACUGUCAUUCUCGGCUUUCUGCAGAUUUGCGCGGGUGUCGUUUUACUGCAACUAUCCAAAUCCGCCAAAGACGUUCCUGAUGCAGCCGUCUUCAAAGGCGACCUCGACCAGAUUCGCGAAGUCGCAACGCAAGAAGAGCCGGAAUAUGAACCAAAGGCCGAUGCCAUUCGCGGCACUGCCGCUAUUAUCCGCCGCCUAUCCACCCCGCGCCGCAAUAUCGAGGCUGAAGAAGCACGUCGAUAUGUUCGCGAACGAGAAGAAGACACCAAGCCACCGGCUGACAACGAGAUUAUCGAAUGGGACGGUCUGCGCAGGCGCAAGACUGUCCUCAGUGAGAAAUCUCUACGGCGCACACCCACGCCGCUACCUCCGUUAGGAAUGUCUCGCUUUCCCGAGGACUCGCCAGAGGACUCCAAUCCUACUUCCCCCAGAGUACAUUCCUUCAUGAACGAGCUUCGAUCGCGGACUUCCAGCAUCAUGAACUCGUCAUGGAGACCAGUACCUGGAGACCAACCCGGCCAUGACUCGGUACCGGGAUCAGAUUCUAAGGAUGUGGACACCAGCUACCCUGGGGCGCAUCCGCCACGGACCGUCUCAUGGGCGGACGAAGAGCAAGACCAAUCCCGCUUAGCUGCCCCAGCACCCCCACCACACCGUCACUUCUCCUUCCGCGAGAUAUUCGCCAGGGCCAAGUCACCCGUCGACACAUCAAGGCCAAACAGCAGCAGCCGCAGCCGCAGUCCCCGAGGCAUCCUACGCCGAGGCCACGUGCGGAAUAUGACAUCUGAAGAAGAGCAUCUAGGACUCGUUCAGGGCGACACAAUUGCCGAUUACGUGAAUGAGAACCAGAAACACGAACGCUUGGGAACGAACUCAGAGAGCAGUCAUGAUGAUAGCGAAUAUGAAACCUAUAACUACGACACUUACGACCCCUAUGAUGACGAAAAACCGGACCGUCUGCCGUCUGGCCGAAGUUUGAAGUCCCACUCGUCUCUUUACCCCCCGCGACUCCGGUUGAACCCAUUACCACCACUACCAGAUAACGAAUCGGCGCUGGAUUUGUCCAACGGGGAACACAGCCAACAAGAGUACCAGCCCCAAGCCGAACAGCAACAACCCUCGGAAAGCAGUCGAGGAUCGCUGUUGGCCGUCCCUCGCAGUCAGAGCGGAUGGCGUCGGCACGAUUCCGCGAGCAGCGCAGGAAGCAAAGGUGGCCAGGGCUGGGCGUUUGUAUAG